GUUUCGCCCGUCGCCGGUCUCCAGGUCCCCUUCUCCCUUCGCCAGAGCUAGGAAAGGACAGAGGGGCCGCCUCUGUUUGACAGAGCCCGUUUCCGAGUCUCGCGCGCAGGGAGCGCGAUGCGCUCGGCCCACCCAGGAAGCGCCCCGGAGAGCCCGACGCCCCGCGGCAGCCGCCUGCGAUGGGAUUUGGGCGCCCAGCAGAUCCGCAGCGCCGCCGCCCAGCUGGUGGCCCGCACCCGGCAGGUGUACGACGCCGUGGGCGCCCUCGAUCGACGGGAGGUCUCUUGCGAGAACACGCUGCACGCCCUGGCCGCCGCCGAGCGCGAGUACACAGUGCAGCGGAAUAUGCUGGAUUUCCCGCAACACGUCUCCCCCAGCCGGGAGGUCCGCACCGCCAGCACCGAGGCAGACAAGCAGCUCUCGGAGUUCGACGUGGAGACCAGCAUGCGGCAGGACGUCUACCAGCGGAUCACCUGGCUGCAGGAGAAGCUGGACGGUGUUUCCCUAAAGCCAGAAGCCAAGCGCUACUUGGAAAGGCUGGUCAAGCUGGGCCAACGGAGCGGCCUCCACCUGGCCGGGGAGGUGCAGGAGAAAAUCAAGGAGAUUAAGAAGAAGCUGAGCGUGCUGUGCAUUGACUUCAGCAAAAACCUCAAUGAAGACGCCACUUUCCUGGCUUUUACCAGGGAGGAGCUGGGGGGGCUCCCCGAGGAUUUCCUAAGCUCCCUGGAGAAGGCGGAGGACGGCAAGCUGAAGGUCAGCCUCAAGUACCCCCAUUACUUUCCCCUGAUGAAGAAGUGCCACGUGCCCGAGACCCGGAAGCGGAUGGAGGAGCGCUUCAACUCCCGCUGCAAAGAGGAGAACUGCCGGAUCCUCCAGCAGCUGGUGGAGCUGCGGGCCCAGAAGUCGGCGCUCCUGGGGUUCGAGACCCACGCGGCCUUCGUGCUGGAGAUGAACAUGGCCAAGGACUGCAAGACAGUGGCAGCCUUCCUGGAUGAGCUGGCAGCCAAGCUGAAGCCGCUGGGCGAAACGGAGCGGGCGGUGGUCCUGAGCCUGAAGCAGAGGGAGUGCGAGCAGCGGGCGCUGCCCUUUGACGGGCGCAUCAACGCCUGGGACAUGCGCUACUACAUGAACCAGGUGGAGGAGACCCAGUACAGCGUGGACCAGAACCUGCUGAAGGAGUUCUUCCCCAUGCAAGUGGUGACGGCCGGCUUGCUGGGCAUCUACCAGGAGCUGCUGGGGCUGGCCUUCCACCGGGAGGAGGACGCCCAGGCCUGGCACGAGGAUGUCCAGCUCUACACCGUGCAGGACCUGGCCUCCGGAGAGACCCUUGGCCAGUUCUACCUGGACCUUUACCCGCGGGAGGGCAAAUACGGGCACGCGGCCUGCUUCGGGCUGCAGCCUGGCUGCCUGUUGCCGGAUGGCAGCCGCCAGAUGGCCGUGGCUGCCAUGGUGGCCAACUUCACCAAGCCGACGCAGGAGGCCCCUUCCCUGCUGCAGCACGAUGAGGUGGAGACCUACUUCCACGAGUUCGGCCACGUCAUGCACCAGCUGUGCUCCCAGGCCGACUUCGCCAUGUUCAGCGGGACCCACGUGGAGCGAGACUUCGUGGAGGCCCCCUCCCAGAUGCUGGAGAACUGGGUGUGGGAGAAGGGGCCCCUGCAGCGCAUGUCCAGGCACUACAAGACGGGCGAGCGGAUCCCCUCCGAGCUGCUGGAGAAGCUGAUCCGCUCCCGCCAGGCCAACACAGGGCUCUUCAACCUGCGUCAGGUCGUGUUGGCCAAGCUCGACCAGGCCCUGCACACGCAGACGCAAGCAGAUCCUGCCCAGGAAUACGCCCGGCUCAGCGCGGAGAUCCUGGGCAUCCCAGCCACCCCAGGCACCAACAUGCCGGCCACCUUCGGCCACUUAGCAGGAGGCUACGACGCCCAGUACUAUGGCUACCUCUGGAGUGAGGUCUACUCGAUGGACAUGUUCUACACCCGCUUCAAGCAGGAGGGGGUCAUGAGCUCCAAGGUGGGGCUGGACUACCGGAACUGCAUCCUCCGGCCAGGCGGGUCGGUGGACGCUGCGGAGAUGCUGCUACGGUUCCUGGGAAGGGCCCCCAACCAGGACGCCUUCCUGGAGAGCAAGGGGCUGGCCGUGGCCCCCAGCUCCCUGCCCUCGGCGUGCUGAGCGCCUGCUGCCCCUCCGCCAGACCGUUGUGGGCCUGGCCCUCCCCCGUGGUGCUGCCGUGGUAGAUUUAGUGGUGUGCUUGGAUUGAAGCUGCCCCCCCCGCUCUUUUACAGGGUGGGGGGGCGGCAUUAUUAAACUGCUUACUCACCUUCA